CCUUCGAUUCUUUUUUCCCCUUUCUCAUUUUUCCCUUUCUUUUCCUUUUGACGUAUUGUUCCUUUUUUUUUCCUGUAUUCUUUCUCUUUUACUCUUUUUCGAGUCUCGACCACAAAAACUUAAUUCCCAAAACCUCGAGUCGUUCCCCCCCUGGCCCUCGUCGCUCCAGACCAUUUCUUUGUCGCAUAGCCUCUGGAUGGAUACCUGGUGGCCAUGAGCACGACCGAAAACCACACAGAUCCAUCAGCUUCCAAAACCAGCCCAGCCCCAAGUACAGCGGGCUCAACGGGCACUUCAGGUAUUACUGUGCGCACGGGACCAAACGGACAUAUGAGUUUCAGAAGACAACGUGCGUCGCGUGCUUGUGAGACAUGCCAUGCUCGAAAAGUUCGCUGCGAUGCUGCCAGUCUAGGGGUGCCAUGCACCAACUGCGUGGCCUUUUCGAUCGAGUGCAAGAUCCCUACGCCGAAACGCAAGAAGAACCAAACCAAGUCCAAGGAAACAAGCGGAGGUGAGGAAGCCGAACCGAAAUCGCCGCCGAGCAAACCCGAGCCACUACCAGUCGAAAGCGGGAAGGAUGCCUUUGGCUAUCAGAGGAAUCGGAUGGCUGUCGACGGUAUGCCGGUCACUAGCCUCACCGAAUCGCAGGCCGCUCAACAGGCUUCCCACAACUCGAUGUAUGCCCAGUUCAUGAAGCCUAAGUUUGCGCGCGCCCCGAUAAAGGAAGCGGGGAGGGUGGCAUAUCUUGGAGAGUCGUCAAACCUGUCGCUCCUCGUCCAGGACCGCCAUGGGACCACCGAUGUCGUACAUUACCCUCUACCCCCGAACAUGGGCGGCACGCCUGCUCGCUUGACGGAUCUGGAUAGCUUGGAGUUGGAUAUCUUGCACCAACGUGGCGCCUUCCUGCUGCCCCCCAAACCUUUGUGUGACGAGCUGGUUGAGGCCUACUUCAAAUGGGUGGCCCCCGUUGUGCCCAUCGUCAAUCGCAGCCGCUUCAUGCGACAGUAUCGUGAUCCAAAGAACCCACCAUCUUUACUUCUUCUCCAAGCCAUACUCCUGGCUGGUUCGAGGGUCUGCACCAAUCCGCAAUUGAUGGACGCCAACGGCUCUACUACGCCAGCUGCCAUGACGUUCUAUAAGAGGGCAAAGGCACUAUACGAUGCUAACUACGAGGACGACCGCGUCACUAUUGUCCAAGCGCUGGUUCUUCUAGGCUGGUACUGGGAGGGACCUGAAGAUGUCACGAAGAAUGUCUUCUACUGGACCAGGGUGGCCAUGGUCGUGGCUCAGGGUUCGGGUAUGCAUCGAAGUGUGGAAUCGUCUCAACUUACCAAGCCGGAUAAGAGGCUGUGGAAACGGAUCUGGUGGACCCUGUUCACAAGAGACCGAUCAGUGGCUGUCGCGCUCGGCCGGCCCAUCGGUAUCAAUACUGACGAUUCGGACGUUGGGAUGUUGACGGAAGACGACUUCAUUGAAGAUGAGAUUGACAUCGCAGCGGAGUAUCCUCCAGACCCGGUACACGUACAAUUCUUCCUUCAAUACGUUAAGCUCUGCGAAAUCAUGGGGUUGGUCCUCUCCCAGCAGUAUUCCGUGGCCUCGAAAUCAAGACGGAUGAACGCUAUGGAUCUCACCCACUCCGACAUGGCAUUGGCAGAUUGGCUCCAAAACUGCCCGAAGGAGGUGUGCUGGCAACGUCAACGGCAUCACUUCUGGGCUGCUCUUCUCCAUGCCAACUACUACACAACACUUUGUCUCCUGCAUCGAGCCCAUAUGCCGCCUGCGUCUUCCGUUUCAAGCAAUUACCGCGUAGAAGAGAUGGCCUACCCUUCGCGAACCAUUGCGUUCCAGGCUGCUGGAAUGAUCACUUCAAUUGUUGAGAAUCUCCAGAAUCACAGCGAGAUCAGAUAUGCGCCUGCCUUUAUUGUCUACAGCUUGUUCUCGGCCUUGAUUAUGCAUGUUUAUCAAAUGCGAUCUUCCGUUCCCUCAAUUGUGGCCACCUGCCAGGAACGGAUUAACAUCUGCAUGCAAGCCCUCAAGGAUGUGUCGAAGGUCUGGCUCGUAGCCAAGAUGGUGCAUACGCUAUUUGAGUCCAUUCUCGGGAACAAGGUCCUAGAAGAACGCCUUCAGAAAGCUGCAGGCAAGAGACACCAGCGGGUACGGCCCGAGGCUGCUCAGCAGCCGCCUGCGAAGAAGCCCGAACCCCCCAAGCGCAAGUUCGACGAGAUGGAAUUUGGCCUACCGAAUGGCGGAGGGCCCACGCCACCGGUAUCUUACGAGCGAUCUCGUCCCCAAACGCCUGCAGUCACGCCCUCGAGAGAGAUGCAGCCUCCGGGUCUGAACCUGCCACAAGGCUCCCCUCCAGCUCCCGGGCAGCCGGGUGCCUCGCGCGGCAAUACGCGCCCGACGACUCCUUUCAAUCAAUACUCCUUGCCUGCCACGCCCCCGGAUCUAUUCCUCGUUACGCGUACAUCACCCAAUCUUUCCCCAUCACUAUGGGAGAACUUCCAACCGGAUCAGUUGUUCCCUGACGGCACUACGUUCUUCCCAGAAUUGACGUCGCCCCAACCGAACACCGUCGAUCCGCAACUGCAGAUGCAGUCUCAGCUACAAGCUCAAAGCAUGGACCAACGGACGAUGAUGCCGCAGCAAAUACCAGGACGUGGUAGCAUAUCCGCCGCUCAGGGCAGCCCGGAAGUCAUGUCGACUCUAACACCUGGAAUUGGCCUGCCGGGCCAGCAUUCACAGCAGGUGUUUGGGAUAGAAAGCCAGCAGGCUUGGCCAAUGCAGAAUAUGGACGCGACGCUGAGCGGAGCGCCUAUGGACGCCGCGAGUCAGGAUGACAAUUGGAGCAGUAGCUCAAGGAGCGGCCCGACAGCUCCCACCACACUCAAUGUGGAGGACUGGUUCCAAUUCUUCGGCAUUAACGGUAGUUUCGGCGAUCUGGCGACCUAGGCGGCGUUGUGUCUAUAGCGCUUUCUAUAUUUGAUAUGGCAUGGGUGGUUGUUUGAUGGAUAUACGGUCAUAAUGGUCUAAUCGUCCAUAUGCUGUCCAG